CUGAGUUAUUAAUAAAAAACAAACUUCGGACCGAAAACCUCAACUAACACAAAAAAGCUCGUUCGGAAUUUUUUUCAGAAAAUGGACGCCGAUGAGAAGUUGGCAGCAUUAAAGAAGGCCUAUGCUGAUGUACUAUUCAACAUGUCUAAGGAGGCUGCAAUGAGGGUUAUGUCGUCGGAUAAAAGGGCGGCACAGUAUCAGUAUGAGUUGAAGGUGGCGAAAGAGGAGGCUUUGAGGAUGCUAAUGCGCCUUAAGCAAAUGAUGGGGUUUAAGACAAGUCAAGCUGAAGCUGCAUCUUUUAAUCAGCAAAAGAAAAUUGAAGUGCUCGAAGCUCAACUCGAGGAAGCUGAAGAUAUUGUAAAUGAUCUCAGAAAUGAAUUAGGAUUGGCACAAGCUGAACUCGUACGACUAAGGCAAGACAAUUUGCAGAAUUCAAAUAAACCAACCAAUGCAUUUUCAGGAGGAACGGAGGACGGCAUUUACUCAUAUGACUUCGGUAAAUCCUUUCCUCCAAAUUCCCAAGACAAGAAUUCUGAUGUAACAAUGUCGAACCAAGAUUUACCUUCUGUAACAGUUAGAGUUAAAGACCCUGGUUUGCGUAAAAAUGGUUUCACCCAAAGAAUUCAUGCGUGUGAGAAGAAUCUGUCUGAUGACACGUUGUGCCUCUCGGGAAAAACCGAUAAAGUACAUGACAAGAAGAAUAGAGAACAGAGUCAAAGGGAGAAGGAAGAAGGUGAAGAUACCAGCAAAGCACCAGCUUCUGGGGAUAAAACUCUGAGUGAACUUGAGAAAAAACUUUUACCAGAUAGAACAUUCAGAAAUCUGCAAUAUAUAUCUCGGAAAAGGAAAAGAGCUGCCAGGAAAAGGAAAAAUGUGACGCCCUUGAGAGUGGGAUAUGAUUCUGAUAUAGUCAAAGACAGUGAUUGUCUGAGUGAGAAUCUGUUCGAAACAGCUUCAGUAUUGUCUCAAAUUAAAACUGAAACAGGGUUUUGUUUGGGGUCUGAAAAAACUUUAGGAAAAGAAACAAAUAGUGUGGAAAUUUCAGGUGAAAUUACACCGCUAAAACUGGUGUAUUUUGAUGAUGAAAACGCUUCUUCCUCACCCGAUAGUAAAACUGAUGUCGAGAAGGUUGGUGUGUUGUCAAAUGGUUUAGAGUUGAAUUCAGGUUAUAUGAGUCCAGGGCUUACCCAGUUUGUUGGAGAAAGAGUCAUCAAGUACACGUUUCAAAGGAAGCGUAAGAGAGAGGCUUUGGUGGGGUCUAACGUGAAUGAUGCAAUUGAGACAGAAAAGAGGGCAGAAGCUAAACAAAAUGGAGUUCAGAACUUGAAGAAACCUAAGACUAGCUUGUCAAAAGAGUCAACACGAGAAAGCAGACGAUUGGCACAAGUUGCUCGUCAGCUUAUUUCUUUGUCUGAGAAGAAGUGGUGGAACUGAAAGUGGCACUUGGUAACAUGAACCUUGAGAACAAAUUCGGUAGGGGAGAGAUUCUUGCAUCCUCGAUUGCUUGACUGGAGAAAAGCGGCAUUUAUGGAUAUCAACAAUUAUGCAUAAAUAAAAGCAUGUACAUUGGAAUCUGGGUCCACAUACUUUGAUUUAUGCAUGAACUUUUAUUGUACAGAGUAGCGUGUAUACUUGUGUGUCUGUAUGUGUAGUUCUUCAGUUUUCAGAGUUGUCAGACUUUCUAAAUUGAUCUGAGGUGAACCUUUAUAUCUUGAUUCCGUGAUAUUUUGCUUGUGGGAUCAUCCGAUCAUGUAUUCAUGUGUCCUUUAUGAUCAUUAAAUUUCAUGCAA